AUGGCCACGGCCGCCCCGGGAAACGCGCAAUCCAACACUACUUCGGCGCAGACUAAAACUUAUAGCAAAUGUGCAUUCAGAGGAAGUUGGAACAGUAUCAAUCUCAUACCUGUUGCUAUUGUUCAGAGAGUGAAGGUUUAUUGUUUGGAAGGAGAUGGAAAAUGGGAUGAUCGAGGAACUGGAUUCAUCAGUUUGGACUAUGUGGAGCGAUCUGAAGAGCUUGGUCUAUAUGUGAUUGACGAAAUUGAUAAUGAGACAUUGCUUGUACACCGGAUCAGCACUGAGGAUAUCUACAAGAAGCAAGAAGACAGUAUUAUAUCAUGGAGAGAACCAGAGGGCUCAACAGAGUUGGUUUUGAGCUUUCAAGAGACUGCGGGAUGCUCUCAUGUAUGGAAUCAUAUAUACACUACGCAACGGAAUCUACAUUUCAGUUCUCUAAAAUUGAACAGUGAGCCGAGGGAGCUUCCUGAUGUCGACAUUUCUAAUCUUCCCAAAAUACUCGAGAUUGUUACUGAAUGUGACGUUGAAGAUGAGAUGGGGCUAUCCGAUCAGAUGUUGAAAGAUGUUAAUUUCUUUGACAAUUUGAUGAACGUAUUUGAUAUGUGUGAGGAUUUGGAAAAAAUUGAUUGCCUUCACAUGAUAUUCAAAAUUGUCAAAUGCAUCAUUUCUUUCGACAGUGAUGAGAUCCUGGAAAAAAUCUUAGGGGAUAACCUAAUCAUGAAAACUAUUGGGUGCCUUGAGUAUGAUCCCGAUGUUCCGCAGCCUCUACAUUACCGGAAGGAUCUGAGAGAGCAUGUUGUUUUUAAGGAGGCUAUACCAAUUAAGAAUCCCAUGGUCUUGUCGAAGAUACACCAAACAUACAGAAUUGGUUAUCUGAAGGAUGUUAUUUUGACUAGAGUAGUAGAUGAUGAUGAUGAUACAGCUGAAAGCCUAAGUUCCAUAAUCAAAGCAAACAAAGCUACUAUUGUUACAUCGCUGAAAGAUGACAACACCUUCUUUCAAGAGUUAUUUGCAAAGUUACGGUCACCUUCCACAUCUGUUGAAUCCAAGAUUGACUUGGUACAUUUCUUGCACGAGUUUUGUAGUCUAAGCAAGAGCCUUGAAAUGGAGCUGCAGCUACGCCUCUUUACGGAACUUAUCAAUGAAGGAAUUUUUGACACCAUAGCAGAAGUCUUGCAGAUUCCAGAAAAGCAACUCGUAUUAACCGGGGUAGACAUCCUCAUCUUGACUCCAGAUCUCGACCUCUUACGCUCCUAUCUUGUUAAACCGAAAACUCCCCUUCUUGGUCUCUUGGUUAAGGGACUGAUGGAAGAUUUUGGUGAUACGAUGCUAGAAAUUUUUCGAGCUUUAUUGGCUUCAAAUGCAUUUUCUGGUGGAGCUCAGGGAACGAAAAUUAUGGAUAUUUUCUGUGAGAAUCAUGUACCUGAGUUAGUUGAUUUCAUAACUGCCUCGUGUUCUGAAAGGCCUGGCGAUACAUCUGAAAGUGCAUUCAGAAGAGUUGGCAGCCUAUUGAACAUUUGUGAAUUGCUGUGCUUUUGCGUUCAGCAGAAUCCUUCAAAGACAAUUUUUCUCCUUCAAAAUGUGACAGAAAAGGUUUUGUUUCUCACUCGAAGAAAGGAGAAACACAUAGUCGCUGCGGCUGUUCGAUUUUUUCGCACUCUCCUCUCUGUCCUUGAUGAUAAUGUCCAGAGUUACGUUGUUAAGAACAACUUGCUGAAACCGAUCAUAGAUGUUUUUGUUGCCGGUGGUAAUCAUGACGAUUUGCUGAUUUCUUCUAUCUUGGAGCUUCUUGAGCACAUACGCAAGGCAAAUGCAAAUGUGCUGCUCAAAUACGUAGUUGAUACAUUUUGGGACCAGCUGGCUCCAUUUGAACACCAGACCUCCAUCCAUGCUUUAAAAAAUGAGCCGUGCAUAAAAAGUUGGGGACCAAAGAGCACCACUGAUCCAGUUGAUAUGAGAGGAAACAGCGAUGAUGGGAAGUCAGCUUCUGCUUCUAGUACACAGAAAGAAGAAGCUAAUACCUAUAAUUCCAAUGGAGAAGCUGCAAGGUCUGGACGGUUCGUUGAUUGUGAGGAUGGAGACGAUAAAACUCCUCAACAGAAACAGACAGAAGAUUCCGUGAAGGGAGGGGAGAAGAGAUGCCGUUUUGGAGUAGAUGAGCAAGAGCAGUGUACGAAAAAACUGAAGCUCUGUGAAGGAAACAAGAACUCAGGAGCGCAAGGUGGCGGGGAAGCUAAGGAACCUGACAACUCCAGAAGCAGUGACGGCAAAAACAGUAGUUUAGAUGAAGAAAAGGACAUCGAAUAAUGGAAACCUAGGAGGAGAAUCAUCACGAGAAAUGUAAAUAGUUAACAUUCUCGACAACAAUAGGAUUUUGUAGCUGAGGACUUUAUAUAAAGCAGAAAUAGAUUAGGUGAGGAGGAAGGGAAGUAUGAAAGAGACUGUAUAUAGCCCACAACAGAUUAUAUGUUGAAUUUUGUAAGACAAUUCGAUGCUCUGUGAAUAUGAGUAAGUCUAGGAAUUGCAUUUUCUGUAAAAACGCA